UUAGCUUCAGCUUGUCUCUUUCCUCGUUGACUCCUUUCUGAUUCUCUGGCAUUUCUAAUUUUCUAGAGUGCAAUGGCGACGAAGGACCCAGAAUCUGUUUACGAGAUAAGCAUCGAGGAUGCAAAGGGAGACAGCUUAGAACUCAUUCAAUACAAAGACAAAGUUCUUUUGAUUGUCAAUGUUGCUUCCAAAUGUGGGAUGACAAACUCAAACUACACUGAGUUGAAUGAGCUUUAUAGCAAGUACAAAGACAAAGGUCUGGAGAUUCUAGCAUUUCCUUGUAACCAGUUUGGUGACGAGGAACCGGGAACUAAUGACCAGAUUACUGACUUUGUCUGUACUCGUUUCAAAUCUGAAUUCCCCAUUUUCAACAAGAUUGAAGUAAACGGAGAGAAUGAAUCUCCUCUGUAUAAGUUCUUGAAGAAAGGCAAAUGGGGAAUCUUUGGUGAUGACAUUCAAUGGAACUUUGCUAAGUUUCUUGUUGACAGGAAGGGUCAAGCCGUAGAACGUUAUUAUCCAACUACAUCUCCUCUUACACUCGAGCAUGACAUAAAGAAGCUUCUGAAUAUCUCCUGAAAUGACGAAGCUUUGUUGUUGAAUCAAAUUGUAUUUGAUUAUGAUGAACCUCUCUCAUUUAAUAAAGAGCCAUGACAUUGCCUUGGAUUUGAAAUGUUUUGCUCUAUUUUUGUUUCUAUAUC